AUGGGUUCUUUUGAAUUUAUCUCUAUAUUCAUUAUGGUCCUACUUUUCCCAUCAUCUCAUCCCAAAGCCAAAGGUGAUGCUUCAGAUUCUGCUAGUGAGGCGGUUGGUCUUUUGAAAUGGAAAGGCAGCUUUCAAAACAAGAACAAUAGCUUGCUAGCCUCGUGGAACCUCCAAUCCAUCAGCGGCAAGAAUUCUUCCAACCUUCCAUGCACUUGGGCUGGCAUUUCAUGCAUUAAUGGAAGUGUCAGCAAGUUGAAUCUCUCAGAAUACAGCAUAAAAGGUAGCCUUUAUAACUUCCCAUUUUCAACCCUCCCAAAUCUUGAAUAUCUUAAUCUUCGCAAGAAUCAGAUCUUUGGCAACAUACCUCGUGAAAUAGGUAACCUGACCAAGCUCAUUCAUCUUGAUUUCUCAGUUAAUGAGUUGUCAGAAGAAAUCCCACCUGAAAUUGCAACUUGA